AGGUGGACGGACUGUUAUUUCUCCCCUUGUUUCCUUCACUUCAUUAGCGCUUCCUCAGCAACCCACCUCCAACUCCACCCAGCGACAAAGACUACAUCAUGCCAGUCUGCACACACCGUGGCUGCGAAAAGACCUACGACGAGGCAACUAACUCGGACACUGCCUGCACCUUCCACCCUCAGGGGCCCAUCUUUCACGAAGGUCUCAAGGGUUGGUCCUGCUGCUCCAAGCGUGUCAUCUCCUUUGAUCAGUUCCUCGCCAUUCCAGGAUGCUCCAUCGGUCGCCACACAGAUGCCCCACGCGAGGAGUUCCCUUCUGCUUCUGCGUCUGCCGAGAAAGUUGAAGUCCCCUUUUCAGCAGCACCUACGACCGUCGACAAGAAUGGCAUCGAGGUCUAUGGUUCUACCCCCGCUGCAGCACCUGUCGCAGCCCCUGUUGUCGCUCCUGCUGGCACCUCAGCAUCUACAGCUACGCCGGUACCAGCACCCGAACCAGUCGCGGAGGAAGAGGAUGAUCUGUCGGUGCCUGUGCCAUUAGGAAAGACCUGCAUGCGUCGUGGAUGUGGCCAGACUUAUGUUUCAGAGGAAGAGUCGCGAGGUGACAAGGUCGUUUGCCAAUACCAUCCUGGAUCGCCUGUCUUCCAUGAAGGAUCCAAGGGCUGGAGCUGCUGUCCACGCAAGGUUCUAGAAUUUGAGGAGUUCUUGAAGCUGAAAGGAUGCAGAACCACCAACCAACACUUGUUUGUAGGUUCAAAGAAGGAGGAGGUUGAGGAGCUUGUCCAUUGCCGCCACGACUGGUACCAAACCCAAACACACAUCAACUUGUCGAUCUUUGCAAAGAAAGUUGAUGCGAAGACGGCCACUGUUGAAUUCAAGGAGCGUGAGGUUAAUAUCGAUCUGAAGAUGCCAGAUGGAAAGCGCUUCAAGUUGACUCUCCCUCUCUUCCAGCCCAUUGAGCCCGCUGGCAGCUCUUUCGAGGUCUUGGGCACCAAAGUCGAGAUUACAAUGAAAAAGGGUAAUGGAAUCUCAUGGGCAACUUUGGAGCCAAGCGAGGGUGCCAAGUGCUGGACCACCUUCGGAACGACUGGCGGUGCAGGAACUGUCGGCAGCAAGGUCAUGCAUCUUGCCACUGACUCUCCCUUGUAUGCACAAAAGUAGACACACUUUGUUGGUCGCCAUUCAUUCAUUCAAGUAGAGCACCUUGGUGUGGUUGGACUAUCAUCUUCAAAUGAACCACGCGUAUAUCAUAAAAACCACGCAAAGUCAGCAUUGGAAUCGUA